AUGACUUCUAACUGUUGCAGCUCCCUCCUCAGUGGGUGGGUUUCAGAGGCCAAGGCUGCCUCCCAGUGCCUCUCAGCCACCCUGGCUCAUGCCCACCGAGUCCGUGUGGGGUCAACCCCUCUGGGCCAACCCAGCCUCUGUCUGCCCCACAGCUGCAACACUUCUUGCCUCUUGCCAGGGACCUGCCACAUCCCAGGCAACAUUGGAAGCUGUGGGACCUAUGGUGAAGGCACCUUGAAUGGCCAUGAGAAGGAGACCAUGCAGUUCCUGAACGAACACUUGGCCAACUACCUAGAGAAGGUAUGGCAGCUGGAGCAGGACAAUGUGGAGCUGGAGACCAAGAUCCAAGAGUCAAGCAAAUGCCAGGAGACCGAAGUGUGUCCAAACUACCAGUCUUACUUCCAGACCACGGAGGACCUCCAACAGAAGAUCCUGUGCGCUAAAUCUGAGAACAACAGGCUGGUUGUGCAAAUAGACAAUGCCAGGUUGGCUGUAGAUGACUUCAGGACCAAGUAUGAGACAGAGCCCUCACUCCACCAACUGGUGGAAGCUGACAUCUGUGGCCUGCGCAGGGCCCUGGAUGACCUCACCCUCAGCAAGUGUGACCUGGAGGCCCAGCUGGAGUCCCUGAAGGAGGAGCUCCUCUGCCUCAAGAAGAACCAUAAGCAGGAAGUUCACACUCUGAAGUGUCAGCUGGGGGACAAUCUCCAGAUUGAGUUGGGCACUGAGCCCACUGUGGACCUGAGCAGAGUGCUAGGGGAGCUGCAAUGCCAGUACGAGGUCAUGGUGGAGACGAACCGCCAGGAUGUGGAACAGUGGUUCCAAGCUCAGACUAAAGGCAUCAGCCUGCAGGCCAUGUCCUGCUCUGAGGAGCUGCAGUGUUGCCAGUCAGAGAUCCUGGAGCUGAGACGCACGGUGAAUGCCCUGGAGGUUGAGCUCCAGGCUCAGUACAAGCUGAAAGACUGCCUGCAGUACUCCCUGUGUGAAGCCGAGGACUGCUACGGCACUGAGCUGGCCCAGAUGCAGAGCCUGAUCAGCAAUGUGCAGGAGCAGCUGUCUGAGAUCCGGGCUGACCUGGAGCAUCAGAACCAGGAGUACCAGGUGCUGCUGGAUGUCAGAGCCCGGCUGGAGGGUGAGAUUGCCACAUACCGGAACCUUCUGGAGAGUGAGGACUGCAAACUUCCCUGCAACCUGUGUGUGACCCCAGCCUCCAGCACCCCCUAUCCAGCCCCUGCAGCCUGUACCCCCUGCUCUCCCUGCCUCUCCAAGGCUCCUCGGGUCUCUUGUGGGCCCUGCUCAUUGAUUCGAUGCUGA